AUGGCGGGGAUACUGUCUCCAACUUGUCUAUUUUCUUGUAUCCUAAGCCUCCAUCUGUCAGCAGUGUCGGAUAAAAUCAAGGCUCUUUCUGAAGUUGCUGUCACGGUGUGCCGGCUGUUGAACUGUUGGCUUUCAACAAAGAAAUUUGCCUUUGUUUUCUUUCCAAGGCAUUUGCGGGAUGUUGUGAAAGGUGAAAGGCCGCCAGGUCAGCCUGUUAGCGGCAGCACAAACCGCAGGGACCAUCCAGCCCCAUGA